AUGCCCAGUUUGUCUCCUUCACUGUGCCCUGCCUGCAGUUGUAAACUAGUAGUAGAGUUUGCUUUUGCACAUUAUUGCAUUUUUUCCAUUGUUAACAACAACAUCCACGGUUUUGGGAUUGUGAAGUUGGACGUCAAGACUAAAUCUCAGAUUGGAGUUGAGUUUAACACAUCCGGAUCCACCAACACUGAAACGGGCAAAGCUGGUGUGACUUUGGAGACCAAGUAUAAGAUGAAAGAUCUUGGCUUAAGUUUGAAUCAGAAGUGGAACACAGACAGCACGUUCUGCACAGAGAUCUCAUUUGAAGAUCAGCUUGCCCAGGGUUUGAAAGUGGCUUUGGACACGUCAUUUGUACCAAAUACAGGGACUGUCAGCUCUCAUCGAUGGGAAAAACUUCAACAUUGGUGGACACAAACUUGGACUGGGCUUUGAAUUGGAAGCGUAAGUGCUUAAGAUGUGAGACCAUUUGGUGAACCUCAAGUCAUCCCAAAAUAACUAAACCCUCCUCAGCACACCCAACUAACAUUCAAUGACUAACAACUCUUAGCAUGUUAAUGAUUAAGUCUGUAAGAUACCUGGUGGCCAACAAUAACAUUUGCCCUUCUAAAGGAAAAUAUUUAUUGCUCACCUAAUUUAUUAUGCAAGGUUGUUUAAUUUAGGAUCAAAUAAGGGGUGACUUUGUGUAAAGCACCUGCAGUAGACCAAAAUCCAUGAUAAGCAAUCUAUUUACGACUGUGGUUUGUACGUAAUAGAAAUAUCGGAAGUGUGUUUAGUCAUGCCUGUGUUUCUUGUACGUGUGAACCAUUUGGGGCGUUGAUAAGAGAAGACCGGUAGUUGCAUGACACGGCACUUGUAGGGCACAAGGCUUCUGCAGUUUAACUUUUACAGGAAACCGAAUGGACAGAAUGUGUUUUUAUAAAGCUUGCACACUUUCUUAAACACUUAUUGAUGGUUAAACUCUGUAGCGAGAGAAACUUUCUUCACCAGCAACCUAAACUUAAAAGUUGCAUAUAUAUAUAAAAUGUUAGUGAAUUUAUGCUUAAAACAAGCAUAAACUUACACCAUUGACAGAUUGUUUUGCUUGUUUUAAGCAUAAAUUCACUUAAAUUAUAUAUUUUUGUCUGAAAACUAGACUUAUUUUCUUAGGUCAUGUACUGAAAACAAAACAAAAAUACUAGGUAAAGAAAUCAUUUUUUGCAGUGUGUCAACUUGUAUCCAUGUUUGAAUAGGAACCAUAUGGCCACAGACAUCACUGUGAACUGUACAUAUUGUAAUACAAGUCUCCUUAACUUCUAAGAAUUAAUUUAUUGAAUGAUAUUCAGAUUUACACACUGCAGAAAAUGCCUUUCUUACUUAGUAUUUUUUUCUUUUUUUCAGUAGAAAUAUCUAAAAAUUCUAGCAAA